AUGUCUGCUCCAGAUCAAAUCAAGGGCGUUUUGGCCAAAAUCGACAAGGCUACCGCUGGUAUCCAACCAUUGCAGGUGUUUGAACAGCAAACUGGCUUGCCUAGAUCCUACGCUGUUUUGGGCUUCGGUGUGCUCUACUUCAUUGUCAUUUUCUUGAACGUUGGUGGUGUUGGCCAAUUGUUGUCCAAUAUUGCUGGUUUCGUUAUUCCCGGUUACUUCUCCUUGAUUGCCUUGGAGACUACUGGUAAGGACGACGACACCGAGUUGUUGACCUACUGGGUUGUUUUCGCCUUCUUCAAUGUCAUUGAGUUCUGGUCCAGAGCCAUCUUGUACUGGGUGCCAUUCUACUUUUUCCUCAAGACCAUCUUCUUGCUUUACAUUGGUGUCCCAGCUUUCGGUGGUGCCAAGAUCAUCUACUCCUCCGUUAUCCAGCCAUUCUCCAGAAAGUACGUUGUCAACCAGGGUCCUGUCAAGUCCCACGUCAACGACGCUGCUGAGGGCAUCUCCUCCUCCGUGAACUUGUAA